UAUGACGUCAUAAAACCGCGCCACGCUGUGAUUCGACUGAAGAAAGAAAACUGAAGUUGAGAUCCAGGUGACACACUAUUAUAAAGAUGGCAUUUAUUAAGGAGGAGACUGAAGACGUCACUGAAGAACCAUUCAGAGUCAAACAAGAAGAUUCUGAGGAACAAACAAAGAUGGCGUUCAUUAAGGAGGAGAUUGGAGAUGUGAAGAUUGAAGAAGUAUUCAGUCUGAAACAAGAAGAAAGUGAGGAACAAACAGACCUGAUGCCAUUGAAAGAGGAGAUUCAAGAGCUCAAUGAUAUGGAAGAAGAAUAUCAAUGUGAGAAACCUCAUCAGUUCAUGACUGGAGAAAAAUAUUUUAGCAACUCAAAUACUGAAAAAACAUCCUCACAAAACAAAGGCCAAAUGAAAGAGCAAACUGGAAAGAGCCCUUUCACUUGCCAACAGUGUGGAAGAAGUUUCAAUCACAAACAAGCCCUUAAGAGGCACCUCAAAAUUCACACCGGAGUAAAGCCUUUCACUUGCAAACAGUGUGGAAGAAGUUUCAGUCUCAAACAAACCCUUGACAGGCACAUGAACAUUCACACUGGAGUGAAGCCUUUCGCCUGCCAACAGUGUGGAAAGAGAUUCUCUGACAAAACACAUCUCAACACCCAUGUGAGUCUUCACACUGGAGAGAGACCUUUUACCUGCUCUCAGUGUGGAAAGUGUUUUACACAGAAAAAACACCUUAAUAUCCACAUGAGUCUUCACACUAGACGAUGCCCACACACCUGCAAACAGUGUGGGAAGAGUUUCUCACAAAAAGGAAAUCUUAAGACCCACAUGAGAGUUCACACUGGAGAAAAGCCAUUCACAUGCGAUCAGUGUGGAAAGAGUUUUAAACAAAAAAAAAACCUUAAUGUCCACAUGCAAACUCAUACUAUGAGAUUUACAGAAAACCUUAACAAUCACAUUAAGAUUUACACAAGAGAGGGGACUUUUAUAUGUCAUCAAUGUAGAAGGAGUUUUAAAGACAGCAAAUGCCUGAAGAAUCAUGUAAAAACUCACGCUGGAGAGAAGCCUUUCAUGUGCGAUCACUGUGGAAAGACUUGCGCAAACAAAGCAAACCUUGAGAAUCACAAGAGAGUUCACAGUGGAGAGAAGCCAUUCAUCUGCCCUCAGUGUGGAAAGAGUUUCCUGUACAAAGGAAACCUUAAGAUUCACAUGAGAGUUCACACUGGAGAGAGGCCUUACAAGUGUCUUCAGUGUGAGAAGACUUUCAUGUAUCACUCAAGCUUGAAACGUCAUUUAAAGACUCGGGCCUGUUUCACACCUCAAGCUUGAGCUUGACGUCAGCAUGGCUGCAGCUGCAGACUCGUGAAGGUAUUCACUAGGGAUGUGUGGGUCUAGUUGACUAAACGGUACAGCUCCAGCUAGUCGACACUGGAAACAAUUAGUCAAUUAAACAAGACAGAGAAAACAAAUUUUUUUCAUAAAACUGAUUAACAUAAUUUCUGUGUUACAUUAAAUAAGUUAAAAUAAAACGUUUGGAAAAAGAACACUGUUUCAAAGGUGUAUCUUGGCGGAAACUCAGUUUUUACUUCAGAUCUUGCAUGCAUUUUCUUCGUGUCUGUAGCAGCAAGCUCAAAAAUGAUCAAAUGGAAGAUGAGCAAGGAUUGUUAAGAAUGAGAAGAAAACUGUCAAGUUUUGUGUAAACUGUGUAAUGUCAAAUUGGCUUAAUAACUACUGGAGCGAUGUGUAAUCAUAUUCAGCACAGGCACAAAAGCCUUUAGCUUCUGCUCUCAAUCAGGAGAGCACUAGAGUGACUGUAGCAUUGGUUUCGACAGUAGUUGAACAAUAAUUUAAAACCAGACUGUUUAGACCUUAGAAAUCUUACUUUUUCAACAUGGUAGACCGCUGCUGUGUGCCAGGAUGCCAGAACAGAUGGGAUAAGGCUAGAGUUGCCAACCGUCCUGGCUAAGACAGUCCUGGUUAUUGGUUUUGUUUUAUGGGUCCCAUAAGUGACCUCUCUUGGCCCAUUUCUUGCCCCUUCACGAAGUAUCGCUCGCAAUACAGAUAAAUCCGUCCACGUUUUUACUUCAGUGAUUCAGGUUUGGCAAAUACAAACAACAUGAUUAUUUUUAAGCAGUCCAACAUCCAGCUGUGCAAGAAAAUAUGCAAUCUACCUGAGACGUGAUCAAUAAGGGAAGCCGUCUUUCACUAUUGCAAAACAGAGAAAAAAAAACAUUUUACAUUUAAAGGGGUCCUAUUGUGCUUUGUCAUUUUUUCAACUUUAGUUAGUAUGUAAUGUAAGCUCAAAAAGUAAGCUCAAAGUCCAAAAAUUUUCCGUUCUCUUUGGAGUGUUACAAGCUCUUGGUGCAUAACGAAGAUCUGUAAAGCUUCAAAGACUGAAGUCUCAAAGCCAAAGAGAUAUUCUUUAUAAAAGUUACGAGAGCCACUCCCACCUAAAACGUUUCUAUCUAAUACGCCCCCACGUCUAGAACAGCGUUUCCACCUCUGGAACUUUCCCCAGGAACUAGGGACUGUGGGCUGGGACUCGGUGUGUUUCCACCGCAGGAACCAGGAUCUUAAUAAAGUUCAGGGUAAAAAACAAAUGCCCCUCAAAGUCCCUGCUGGCGGUUCACGCAGCAUUUAUUUGGAUAAUUUUCAAAAUAUUACAAUUAUUGUGUCAUUAAAUGUAGUUUUAAAAGUAUUUCAGUAGUUGUUUAAAACUCAAAUCUGUGGUUUUGACGGUGAGCUCCACACGAUCAGCGAAAGCUCAGUGAUCAUCUAUCCGCUGAGAGCAGCCUCACCUCGGCUAGUGCUUCUGAUGUGUGCCGCUGGAUCUGAUGUCACUUUAGUGGUAAACAUAAAAUAUAAUUCGUUUUAGGUAAAUCUAACAGAUAAUCUUUGGUCUGUAUUCAUUAUAUCUAUAUGUUAAAGUUAAAAUAAAGAGAAGCAAUUGAUAUAAUAUUUUGUUUCAUUAUAAUGGCUGUAUACUGUAAUUCCUCAAAUAAAAAUCUGUAGUCAAAUAAACGCCAGGCCUCUGAUAGUGGCCGGGAGCGUGGUCAACAUGGACAAAUAAAGGCCGGGGGAAAAUUUAUAUGGAUAACCUCCUAAGUGCCUUUCAUAUAAUGUGCAUUCAAGUUCAUCGUAAUGCACAGGUGCCAAUAGAUGGCAGUAGCAACAUUGGAUUUAACACAAGUCUCAUUUAGUGCCAGUGAUGGACUUUUCAACAACUUUAUUGAAAAUGAAUUUGAGGAAAGCAACUUUUUAAGCAAUUUUGUUCACAUUUUGCUUGCAGCUGAAUGUUAUUGGAUACCAGCAGUUGACUGUGCUGGAAGGACUUUUGUCUUUUAACUUUUAACAGAAACCAACAGGUCUGGGGGAGAAUAAUUUUGGAUAAAAAAGUUCCUGGUACAAUUAUUUUGGGUAAUAAAUGCAGCAUUAUCAGUCAUGAUCAGGGCUGGGAAGGUUACUUUUAAAACGUUUUUUACUACAGAUUACAAAAUACAAGCUUUCAAAAGUAAUCCGUAACGUAUUCCAUUAGAUUACCCACGUUUAGUAACUUAAUCAAAAUACUUUAGAAUACUUUGAAAUACUUAAGCUUUGUUACACAAAGGAACAUAUGAACUUGAUGUCUUGUUUUUAUGCUUUCCAACGUCUACCAGCUAUAAUAUAGUUUUCUUUGCAUUUUAUUUUUAAGAACAUCAGUUUUCCACAGAAUUUCUAUGAACAAAUUUUUUUUCAUGUAAUGUAAAUCUUAUAAUCAAUAUAAAUUCAAUCUGAAUACAAUGAAUGGGAUUCUGUACUGUUUCAUGCUGCAUUCCAAGCUUCAAAACGAAUCCAAACACACAAAACACAUAAUAAAAGUAGCUAAAACAACUGGCACAGUUAUACAAUAGAUUUCUUUAAUGAAUGGACCAAACUUUAUGUGAAAAAGAGUCGCAAAAGAAUCCAUUUAACGGCGUUACGUAUUUUGCAAUUAUCUUAAGAAUUGCAAUAGCUGCCUAAAUGUUCAUGUAAAGAAAGAAGGCGUAACUUUUAUUCUCUCUGUUGCCGCUGCUGGCAUGUCGUGGACUUGCUGUGUGUUUCAUUGUGAAAGCCCUGUCCACAUGAACAUGAUUAUUUUUUAAAUCACAGCUUUUUCUACGUGGUUUGGCCAUUCCGUCCACGCGUAAACACAAGUGUCAGGUUACUGAAACUGAUUUUUUAAAACUCCUGCAAGGGUGGAGAAUGUGUUUUUUGAAACUUAAACCACAUAAACAUAUAGCAUUACACAAAAUAAUAAACUGUCCCAGCUAACCAAUCACAGCACACACCGGCCCAGCUAACCAAUCACAGCACACACCGGCCCAUCAAACCAAUCACAGCACACACUGGCCCAGCUAACCAAUCACAGCACACACCGGCCCAGCUAACCAAUCACAGCACACACUGGCCCAGCUAACCAAUCACAGCACACACCGGCCCAGCUAACCAAUCACAGCGCACACCGGCCCAGCUAACCAAUCACAGCGCACACCGGCCCAGCUAACCAAUCACAGCGCACACCGGCCCAGCUAACCAAUCACAGCGCACACCGGCCCAGCAAACCAAUCACAGCACACACCGGCCCAUCAAACCAAUCACAGCACACACCGGCCCAGCUAACCAAUCACAGCACACACCGGCCCAGCUAACCAAUCACAGCACACACCGGCCCAGCUAACCAAUCACAGCACACACCGGCCCAGCUAACCAAUCACAGCACACACCGGCCCAUCAAACCAAUCACAGCACACACCGGCCCAGCUAACCAAUCACAGCACACACCGGCCCAGCUAACCAAUCACAGCACACACCGGCCCAGCUAACCAAUCACAGCACACACCGGCCCAGCUAACCAAUCACAGCACACACCGGCCCAGCUAACCAAUCACAGCACACACCGGCCCAGCAAACCAAUCACAGCACACACCGGCCCAGCUAACCAAUCACAGCACACACCGGCCCAGCUAACCAAUCACAGCACACACCGGCCCACCUAACCAAUCACAGCACACACCGGCCCAGCUGAAACUGGCCCAGCUAACCCAUUGCAGCACAUUUUACAUUUCAGAAGGCGGUCCUUCUUUUGAUACAGCAACUAUUCGCGACAUUCAUGCCAGACUGGGGAGACAAGUGUUAUAAUAAUGUAAAAUAUGUGAAAGAUAAUGUUUUUCAAUACAAUCCUCGAAUAAGAGAGCCUGUUCUAGUACACCCCUAAAACAAAAUGUCAAGACUUUGUAAAAGAUCAUUGUAGGCCAGGCAAGGCAGGUUUAUUUAUAUAGCACGUUUCGUACACAAUGGUAAUUAAAAGUGCUUUACAUAAAAGAAAGUAAAACUUGUAAAAUGCAUAACUUGUAGCGUAUUUUCUUCGUUAAACAAACAAAAUGACCAAUAAAAACAAGUGUCAAGCACCAGAAGUAGCCCAUAUUAAAUUAUGUUUAAUUGAAAAUAUGCAUUUUCCUACACACACACACACACACAUAUAUAGCCAAAUUUUUUUGUAAUCCUUAGUAGAGCCCUGCACGGGCCUCAAAUCUAGGCCCGAGCCCAGCCCUGGCCCGAGACGCUCAGGCCCUAGCCCGACCCGUGUCCGACAGCUCAUCAGAAUUAUCAGCCCGAGUCCGACACGAGCCCGUGUUUUUAUUUAUUUAUUUUAUUACACAGCGGAAGCCUGCCCUAUUUGCUUAAAAAAGGUGGCAGUUUUGUGUUAUGUUUCUUUUAGUUUCUUUAUCAAGUUAAUUUAGAAAAAUGGAGCAUUUUAUUUUUUUAAAUGACGAUUAACGUUAAACAGCCGAGUCGACAGCGAGUAGCCUAAAACAUAUUUAAUCAAUUAAGCCUCUCAAAUGAACGCUAAUACUUUACUUGGCUACAAUAAAAUCCAUAUAUAAAACACUUCAAGCUUAUCACACAGUUAGUAUAAUAAAUGUUUA